GUCGGCAUCAUGCAAAGAGCUCUAAAAAUUUAAAAUAAAGAGCCAAACAUUUAUAUUUUAAUAGGCAGCUACUUCUUAUCUUAAGAACACGUUUUAGCUAUACUUUUAUAGAUUUGUUUCACAUCUACGGGAGAAUAUUUCAUCCAGAGGACAUCUUAAGGAACGGUUUCAGAAUCGAGGAGAGAUUGCAAAUGAUGCCACUACAAACACUGCUUUGGAAGAGCUAAUCGUAUAAUUUGGUUGUCAACCGGAAGCCCAAAGUGCAUUAAUCAGUACGCGUACGGUUUGUUUCUUAAUCCACGAUUUCACAAAUUAUUAUACCUUUGUAUUGAUAAUAUUCGUGCAGAGACAGUUACGUUGCGCACCGUUCUAUAUUUGUAUACCUUUUCUAUCGCUAAAACAUAUCCCACGAAGUCUACUGCAACUAAAAUUAAAGUAAAUUUGAAAAACGCUGGCAUUUUGGAGUUACCAAUUAAAAUGACAGAUAACUUGGACAUGGAACUUAAGAAAACCGAUCCGGAUGAUGUAAAAAAGAAAAAGAGCGAAUCGCAAGUUCCCUUCUGUUAUUUAGCUCCGCUUCCGAGGACUGGCACCUCCGAGGAUCGUUCGGAUGGAGAUCUACAAGUCAAGCCUCCAGAUGAGCCUAUAAAUGAGCCUAUAAAUGAUCCUAAUGAUCCUAAUGAGCCUGAUGAGCUAGAUGAUUUGACCUACAGCAUAAAUGUCUCCAUGGAUUCGUAUAGGAGCUCGACAAACAAUUCCACUCCGGGCGACGAUGAACCGGAUCCGGUGUCCGUGGGCGACAUCUUCGACCAUCGCUAUCAUGCGAUCAAGAAACUGGGCUAUGGCCACUUCUCCACCGUCUGGCUGUGCUUCGAUUGCUCCUCCGAGCGCUAUUGCGCCAUCAAGGUGGUCAAGUCGGCGGAACACUUCACAGAAACCGCUCGCGAUGAGAUCCGUUUGCUGUGCGCCGUCGACGAGUACCAUUGUCAUCCGCUGAGGAGGCGCAUCGUCGAGUUCAUCGAUCAUUUCUACAUGACCGAACCGAAUGGCACCCAUCUCUGCCUGGUGUUCGAGGUCCUGGGCGACAAUCUGCUCACCCUCAUCCAGAGAUCCCGCUACCAUGGACUGCCGCUCGAUAAUGUCAAACAGAUAGCCCUGCAGGUCCUCGAGGGCCUGUACUAUCUGCACCACAAGUGCCACAUAAUUCACACCGAUCUGAAGCCGGAGAAUGUGAUAAUCAGUGCCAGCGAUGCUACCGUCAGGGGACUGGCCAACCGGGCAAUCUCCAACUACAUGAAGGCCCAGGACAAGCUAAGGAAAAAUGUACACAACUCCGCACGCGGAAGCGUGAGUCAGAGCGAAAAUGAAAGGGAUCGCUGUCCCGACUGCGUCAAGUUGACCAAGACGGCCAAGAGGAAGAAGCGGGCGCGGGCCAAGAAGGUGAUGACCUUCUUCCAGUGCCACCGCCGCUGGCUCCGCCGGCAGGCCAUCGAUGAUCUUCUCGUCCUGGCGGAUCGCGGCCAACUUACUCCGCUCCACGCCGCCUUGGGCGUCACGGGCCAACUGGGCUUUAUGCCCUUUAACUUCGACGGUCUGGUGAUUCUCAACGAUAGCGAUGUCGAGCGGCUGAAGAGUUCCAUGGCCGAACGGGUGGGCGAUGUGCCCGCCGACAAUUUAAACAGCGAUCCGACCAUCAGUGGCGACAGGCCAUCGCGAGGACGCCGCAGAGCUGAGACGGCUAGGGAUGCCGAAAGGGAUGAGGUCGCCAGCAGCGACGAGGAGCCGGGGAGCAGCGUGGAUCCCUUGAAGCUUUUGCUCAAGAGCCCCGAGCAGUUUAUGCGAUAUGUGCUCAGGAAGGUCAAGGAGUCGGAUCGGGCGGCACAGGCCUCCGAGGACCAAUAUCAGGGCAAGAGGCAGCGGAGCGCCAGGAAGAAAAAGAAAUCUGGAUCGGUAAUUCCAAAUCCGGCCAAGAACGAAGCAUACAAGAAGUUGCGAAAGGAGGCCAAUUUGUUCAACGUCAUCAAGGACCCGGCCUACGAGAAUUGCGAGGUGAAUGUGAAGAUUGCCGACAUGGGCAAUGGCUGUUGGUUGCAUCACCAUUUCACCGACGACAUCCAGACACGGGAAUACCGCGCCGUGGAGGUGAUCCUCGGGGCGGGCUACAAUGAGCGGGCGGACAUUUGGAGCGCCGCCUGUCUGUUCUGGGAACUGGCCACUGGCGACUAUCUGUUCGUUCCGAAGGAGAAUCGCGGCAAGGCCAGCCUCGAUGAGGCCCACAUAGCCAGCAUCAUCGAGACCUGUGGACCCAUUCCCCGCCAGCUGGUGGAGGCCGGCGAGUACUCGUCGGAUAUCUUCAAGUCCAAUGGCCAGUUGCGCCAUAUCACCCACCUGAAGUCCCGUGAUCUGGCCAACACCCUCAUCAACAAGUACGGAUGGUCGCGCUACGAGGCCAAGGAAUUUGCUGGGUUCCUGAGGCCCAUGUUGAACACGGAUCCCCAUCGUCGCAUCUCUGCCCGCGAUGCCAUCGACGACCGUUGGUUGUGCCUCUGUCGCGGCAUCAAUUGCACUUGCUCUUGCCAUUGCCACUGCGAUUGCCAUUGCACUUGCACUUGCGGCCAGGAUGAAGAUGAGAAUCACACUCAGAAUCCGAAUCCAAAUCCGAGUAAGAAUCCGGAGCGGGAGGGGGAGCGCAUGGUGGCCAGCGAGGAGGAGCCACGUCCGGGAACACCCGAUCCGAGGUCCACCGAUCAGCAAAAUCACAUCAAUAUUGUUUUCUAGGCCCGCUUCAACAGAUGCAACGGCCAAUUCCGUUUAUUCUAUAUCACACACACGUUUAAAAGCCCAAUAA